AUGCAGGGACUCAGCUCCGAGGGUUUCAUUCGCAUGGCCGAUCUUCCACAUGUCCUUUUGUCUGGGGUACUGCAUCAUAUUGUGCAGGCUAGUAUUGCCAGUUCCAAUGGGAUGAUGGGGAUCGAAGGAAAAGGGAUCUCAGCCAUCACGCGGAACGGCUCGGAUAUCGCCACCGGCAAAAGCGCAGUUCUGGAUGGCCGUGAGCUGGAGACGCGCUCGAGGCGCGGCGCAUACGACGAAUCGCGAAUGGAUGGCCUCGAUGUUAACCGACACCGGACUUUGAAAAGCUCUUGA